AAUAUGGUGUGAUAUCUUUCUUAAUACUAUGCUAAGGGUGUCAUAUGAUUUGAGAUUAACAAUAACGCUAUUUAUGAAUAUAUAAUAAACGUUUCUUUUAUGUAAAAUGUAUUAAGUAUACCCUAUUUUACUAUUACUUGUUUCAAGUGUUUUGUAAAUGUACUAUGAAGGUGAUUUGAGCAUCUCAAAGAGCUGAAAUGAGUGGCAAAUUGGCUCAUUACAUUUAUUAUUUAUGCGAGAAAUGUAUCGUUUAGCGUUCGAAAUUAUUGAAUUUUUUUUGUUAGUUAUGACUACAACUGUUGUUUUGCUAUGCUUGUUGCUUAGUAAAAGAAAAGUAGAAAAGUUAAAUAUGUGUUAGCAAAUUUUGAUAAAAUUAUAUUAAAGAUUAAACUAACAGCUGGCCACAAAUUGUUUAUGUCAUUUUUAAAUUAUCUUUUAAUAUGUAUGUUGUCGGCUCCAACCGCUAGGGUUGCAUAAAUAAUAAGCAUUAUAACGUAAAAUUGAAAAAGAUAGAACGUCAUAAAAUUCGAAAGCACUCAAAAAAAAGUGAUUUCCAUGUGCUACAAUAAGUUGCUAUUUUGGCAUUUUCUUUUAAUUAUUUAAUUCAAUUGGCGAAAAUUACAUUUUUUGUUUGUUUGCAUUUUGUUUAGGGGGGCUAGAACUGUGCCAUAACAUCCUAGAGGAACAAUUACUAUUAUAUCCGCAGGGUGUGUGGUUUCUUUUUUUUAAGGGACGACUAGAAUUCAUGAAGGGUAAUUUGGAUGAAGCGCAGUAUUGGUACAACAAAUCAUGGAAAUCACAAAACGUCUGGACACAGUUCCAUCAUCUCAGUUUUUGGGAGUUAUUGUGGGUAAACUGUUUGAAGCUGGACUGGCGGGAGGCGAAAUUGUACGCCAGCUAUUUAGUGGAGCACAGCAAAUGGUCUCGUACGAUUUACUCCUAUCAGCAAGCGGCUGUAAUGCUAAUGAACGAUGAUCUCGACGACAAUGAGCUGGAAACCGUUGAGUCUCUAAUGCAUGAUACACCAAAGUAUAAGCAAAGGAUCGCCGGAAAAUCACUACCUAUGGAGAAAUUCAUUUGUAAGAAGGUGGCGCGAUAUUUUGCGCAAAAUCAUUACCUCUGUCUUCCAGCUGUUGAGCUGAUGUUUGUCUGGAACGCAUUCAAAGUGCUUAGCAAAAAUUAUCAGCUAGCUGACGGUAUUUUUCGCUUAAUCGAACGCAAAAUGGCACAGUUGGGCCAUAAAAACGGGAGUGAUAUUUAUGCAUAUGAUAAUCAAGCAUUGUGUUUUUUAUUACGUGGCGCUUGCUAUCGACAAAUGAAGCAGCCAUUCCUCGCAUUGCAAGAUCUUGAAGCAUGAACUUGCAAAGUCAAA